AUGCUCGACCACCUCUUGCCGCUCCUCUACUGCGAGUCCUACGAGUACUUGGACGAGUCCGACAAGGAGAACUAUGGCUACCUCAUCCGUCGCCGCGCGCGGCCCGUGUCAAGUCAAGUCCCUGCGGCCUCACGAACGCCCCCACGUCCUCCCAGACGGACCGCGAGCCGUGCGCAAGAUCCGCGUCGGAACCUCAAGCGGCGACGCGAACGGAGCGACAAUGGCAGCGAUGACGACGACCUUCACGACCGACGGGACGUCAAGAGGCGGAAGACGCAGAGCGCAGUGAACGUGCAAGCGCCGACAGCUCCAGUCCAACGGAGCCGGCACCAAGAGCAAGCGCCGCUCGUCCCUCUCGAGACGGACGACAAGCAGAAGCAGGAGGCGGUCCCAGUGACGCCGCAGCAGCAAAAGCCAGCGCCAAAGUCCACGAUCUCGGCCAAGAAAUCGGCCGCAAAGGCCACGCAGAGCACAAAGAAGAAGACGAAAAAGGUGACGACGAAAUCGACCAAAGUGACGGCAGAUGCCAAACCGAAAAAGACGGUGAAGAAAGUGUUCAAAGGUGCAACUCCGAAGCGGAUGCCCCUGCAGGAUAUCACGCAUUUGUACGUCAAUGAGCGCGCGCGCUCGUGUGAGUAUCGACAGCGCACACGUUUCGUCGCAGGUCUCACGACUUCAGUUGCCAUUCGCUUCUUUUAG